GCUCGCGGUCAGCUCGGUUUUGUCGUCCGGCAGUCGUCGCAGCGGUCGGUCGUCGAGCGCGCAAGAGAUCGCUGAUUGUGUUCAACGCGAAAUUCUAGAAUAUCCGUGCGCUUUUCGCAAGUGCGCGGCGCGCCGACUUGUGCUUGUUGCAGGUUCGCAUCGAUACACUGCGCGGCACACAGCGGACUCAUCGCCAGCCACAGGGUGAUUGCACCUCCUGCGAGACGACAUUUGUACGGCCAGUCAACCGCGCGUGUUGUCGCGCUCGCAUAUCAUCGGGCAGCUCGGGAGAGAUCCCCAGCGGCGCAAAUUCUCGCUUGAAUUCCACAACGCAGCCAGGAGGACGAGGCGCGUCUGUUUGCGGCAUCCUGCCACAACAAUCUAAUAUCUAAUAAUCCCCAGAGAGCAUUGGAGACCACACGCGUGGGUCCGCCACACACAAGCUGUGUGCACUUAGUCAGAGAUAUUUUAUCGUCGCGUAGAAAUUCAUCAAAAUGGCAGCGACACGCCGAUUACAAAAGGAACUGGGUGAUAUUAAAAACUCCGGGCUGCGAUCCUUCAGAGACAUCCAGGUGGAUGAGACCAAUAUCCUCACAUGGCAGGGCCUGAUUGUGCCGGACAAUGCGCCCUACAACAAGGGCGCGUUUAAGAUUGAAAUCAAUUUCCCCGCGGAGUAUCCCUUCAAGCCGCCGCGCAUCAGCUUCAAGACAAAGAUUUACCAUCCGAAUAUCGAUGAGAAGGGCCAGGUGUGUCUGCCCAUCAUUAGUGCAGAGAAUUGGAAGCCUGCCACCAAAACUGAUCAAGUGAUUCAAGCACUUGUUGCCUUAGUCAACGAGCCAGAACCCGAGCAUCCGCUGCGCGCCGACCUCGCCGAGGAGUAUCUGAAAGACCGCAAGAAGUUCGCGAAGAACGCCGAGGAGUACACGAAAAAGCACAGCGAGAAGCGGCCGGCCGAUUAAAUCACCGCCGCCGCCGCCCGCAGCAGCAGCAGCAGCUGACAACAACAACAACCAAACCUCCUUGUCCUCGUCAUCGUCUCAUCCCCCCCACCUGUCUUCAUAAUCCCUCCUAACCGCCGCCGACGGCACCGCUGCCAAAAUCGAACGUGCGAAUAAAAUUUACAAAGUUAAUAACUAAUUCUAAAACAAACCAACACGCAAAAGAAAAACAAACGCGAAAAUCUAACCACACCACCGGCACAUGCGCUCCUCAGUAAUUAUGUAAUGUUAUUAAUUAUAAUUUUAGACUUUAACGCAACCACGCGCCUAGUCCUAUCUUAUAACGUUGUACACACCCACACAUUUACACACGAUAAGUCUUUGAUUUCUGAACACACUUGAUGAAGAAAAACACCAACAGAGUUCUACAAAAAACGAAACACUUCAUGAUUAGUUAUCACACCGGUCUCUCAUAGUUUAAUAUCGAAAAGUGAUACAUUUUCAUUACGUUACGAAUUGAUUUGUAUAUGUAAUCAUAUUAGUUUGGCGAUUGUUUACCUUUUAGUCUUUAACAUAACGUUAGCGAGCGACUAAUAACUAAUCAACAAUAACAAACGCGGUGCGGAAUAACUGAGAAAAUGCGAGAGAGCAGGUCCUUUUAAGUAUAGAAUAGUUGAAACUGAAAGAAACAAACAAAAAAAAAAUUGGAAGCGAACGUUACUUUUUGCUAUAUUAUAAAUAAUUGAAGAAAAA